GUAUAAAAAUGGUUCGCACUCUCAAUUUCAGCAUCAUUCAGCAAUUCCAUUUCCUUUCUUCAGUUUCAGUUCUCAAAAGAAAGAAAGACUUUUUUGGAAGUUAUCAUGUCUUCAAAAAUCGCCUUAGCAUUGUUGGUGGUGAUGACUGUGACGGUUGUAUAUGCUGGACACGUCCAUCAUGACGAGGGAUGGGGUUGGAGUCAUCCCAAAUACAAAUAUUCUUAUGGAGUCAAGGACAGCCACACCCAUGAUGAAAAACAUGCUUCCGAGUGGAGGGAUGGAGGCAAUGUUGGUGGUCACUACGCUUUGAGAGAGCCCGAUGGCACAUGGCGAACGGUCACCUACUGGGCUGACAAGGGAGGGUUCCGUGCUAAGGUUGACCGAUCCCACCACCACCACGGAUGGUCCGGUUAAGAAAUGAAUAACAUCAUGAAUAACAAAGAAAGCUUACAAAUCUGCACGACUUGCCAAGUUUUAGCUUUAAUUCCAUUGUUAACUGCCAAUAUCCUCGAUCUUUUUUAACUCAACCUUGUAGUUCCAACUUAAUUUCCCUUUCCAUUUUUCCCCUACCUUUCACUUCCUGUCGACCUUUUCCAUGUUAUCCUGAUUCUUAUCGUGUCCCUCUAACCACUCCCAUCCAAUUCCCAUUCAUCCUAAGUAAUCCCUCUGAAUAUCAUUCCUCGCCUAAUUUUUCAUCCAUUUCCACCCGGAAAUACUUUCUCGCCUCCUUCCUCCUGAUUUUUGUAUAACUUUCCCUUUCAGCCGAGUACACAUCAAAGACAUGCAACAAGUCUAACGUGUACGUUCUAGUCAUCUUCGUUAAGUUUAAAGUCUUCUGAAUGUUUAAAAAUGCUCAACUCAUGUACAAUUUUUCGAUUUAUGAAAUAAAAGUUAAGGACGAAAAAUGCAAAAUA